CGCGGGCGCGGAGCCGGCGCCGACCGACCGGGAGCCGAGCGCGGAGCGGCGCCACGCGCUCCGGCUUCAUCAGGACUCCGAGGCUCAGGGAGGGUCUAGGGCAGCAAGACACCUGCUGGCAGGGACUCCUCAGACUCUGCCCCUCUGCCACCCAGCACCCCGCGGAGCAGCACACACGCCCUCCAGGACCCCCUUGCCCCAGAUGUGCAGCCCCUGCCAGAUGUGGGAGGCAGCCACCUGGAGGCAUGCCCCCUGCCCGGCCACACCGCCCCCACCUGCUGCUGCUGCUGCUCCUGGCCGUUAGGCCGCAGGCCCCUUCCGCUGAGGUGAUGGACUUCCUGUUUGAGAAGUGGAAGCUCUACAGUGACCAGUGUCACCACAACCUGAGCCUGCUGCCGCCCCCCACCGAGCUGGUCUGUAACAGAACCUUUGACAAGUAUUCCUGCUGGCCGGACACGCCCCCCAACACCACAGCCAACAUCUCCUGCCCCUGGUACCUGCCUUGGCACCACAAAGUGCAGCACCGCCUGGUGUUCAAGAGGUGUGGGCCCGACGGGCAGUGGGUGCGAGGGCCCCAGGGACAGCCGUGGCGCAAUGCCUCCCAGUGCCAGAUGGACGACGAGGAACUCCAGGUCCAGAAGGAGGUGGCCAAGAUGUACAGCAGCUUCCAGGAGAUGUACACAGUGGGCUACAGCCUGUCCCUGGGGGCCCUGGUCCUCGCCCUGGCCAUCCUGUUGGGCUUCAGCAAGCUGCACUGCACCCGAAACUACAUCCACGCAAACCUGUUCGCAUCCUUCGUGCUGAGGGCCAGCUCCGUGCUGGUCAUCGAUCAGCUGCUCAAGACCCGCUACAGCCAGAAGAUCGGGGACGACCUCAGCCUCUGGCUCAGUGACGGGGCGGUGGCCGGCUGCCGCGUGGCCGCCGUGUUCAUGCAGUACGGCGUGGUGGCCAACUACUGCUGGCUGCUGGUGGAGGGCGUGUACCUGCACAGCCUGCUGGACCUCGCCACCUUCCCCGAGAGGAGCUUCUUCACUCUCUACCUGGGCAUCGGCUGGGGUGCCCCCAUGCUGUUCGUCAUCCCGUGGGUGGUGGUCAAGUGUCUGUUUGAGAACGUGCAGUGCUGGACCCGCAAUGACAACAUGGGCUUCUGGUGGAUCCUGCGCUUCCCCGUCUUCCUGGCCAUCCUGAUCAAUUUCUUCAUCUUUGUCCGCAUCAUUCGUCUUCUUGUGGCCAAGCUGCACUCGCGCCAGAUGCAUUACGCUGACUACAAGUUCCGGCUGGCCAAGUCCACGCUGACACUCAUCCCCCUGCUGGGGGUCCACGAGGUGGUCUUCGCCUUCGUGACUGACGAGCAUGCCCAGGGCACCCUGCGCUCGGCCAAGCUGUUCUUCGACCUCUUCCUCAGCUCCUUCCAGGGCCUGCUGGUGGCCGUCCUCUACUGCUUCCUCAACAAGGAGGUGCAGUUGGAGCUGCAGCGGCGCUGGCACCGCUGGCGCCUGGGCAAGGCGCUGCCCGGGGAGCGACGCACCGGCAGCCACUCGGCCUCGGCCGGGCCUGGCCACGGCAACCCCACUGAGAACCUGCGGCUCGUGACAGGUGGCAGCAGCAACGGCGUUGGCCGGGACCCCUCUGCGGAGACCCCCUCGGCCAGCAGCCUCCCUGGGUUGGCUGAGAGGCCCUGCUGAACCCCAGGCUGCGGCUGGACUCAGGCUCCCAGAGAGGCCGUUGCUGCGCAGCCUGGGACUGGAUGCCCCACCGAGGCUGGAGGGCCCCUGUUGCCCACCUGCCCGGCCAGUGUGGCGGUCUGUGCGGCAGGGCUGCCCCUCCCCCUCCCCACACCUGCCUUGUCCCUGGGGACAAGGGUCCCGGGUGGGGGGAGCUGUGCUGUGAACUGCAUGCCCACGUCCCCAUGUGUGCUGGCGUGUCCUGUGCGUGUGGAAAUCCGUGCUGGCAAUAAAGAGCUGAGUAGUGGC